AUGGAAAUAUUUACAUCCAGUGAACGCUCAGCCCUACUGGGCCUUAAGGCAAAUCCGCCACUGUGUGGACCACUAAUUUUUAUAAGUUUGUAUUUACUCUUACGUAGUGUACGCGCCAAGAUAGGUAGAACGGACGGCGAUAACCAUCUGAGGAACACGGUCGGCAAAUUUGGACUAGGUACCAGAAACGAGCGAGGUGAGAUGCUCUUGGACUUCUGUGCGGAGAACCAGUUGACGGUAAUGAACACUUGGUUUCAACAACACCCGAGACGCCUUUAUACCUGGACAUCACCGAACGGAUUGUACAGAAACCAGAUCGAUUUUAUAUUGAUAAGCCAAAGAUGGAGAUCUUCAAUCUGUGCUACAAAAACGCGACCUGGAGCGGACUGUGGCAGCGAUCAUCAGCUUUUGGCAGCCAAAUUCAGGGUGCGCCUAAAAUCGGCGAAAAGGGAGACACUAAACAAACCGAUUCGUCUGAACACCCCAGCUCUGGAAAUGUACAAAGAACGCAUUAGCAAUAGGCUUGCUGAGGCAUGGCAGGACCCUCUAGACGCACCAGAGUCCACCUGGGCUAGCUUAAAAAGCGCAAUGCUGGAGGUGGCUAAACAAGCUUCGGAAAAAAACAAAGCAGCAGUGCCUAGAGCAGAAUGGAUCAGCGCCGACACCUGGUCGAUGAUCGAAAAGAGAAAAACCCUUAAGGAAGGUGGUUUAUGCUCGGACGCAGAUCGCAAGCGCUACGCCAACCUGCAUAGUACAAUCCAAAAGCUCUGCAGGAAAGAUAGAGAGGUCUUUAUUGGCGGAAUUUGUGCCGACAUUGAAAAAUGCUCUGAAACGGCUCACUCCCGCGACAUGUUUCAAAAAGUUAAGAUCCUGACCAACGAGUUUAAACCUAAACACUGGACCAUAGAGAGCAACAAUGGAACACCUUUGAUGGACAAGACGACAAUUCUGGAAAGGUGGAGAGGAUAUUGUCAGCAGUUAUACUGUGAUAAUAACACUUUAUGCGAAGAGGAAGAAUAUUUGGACUACGCAGAAAGGGAGCCCGAUAUCCUCCUGCACGAAGUAGAGUCUGCCAUCCGGAAACUGAAGCAUAAAGCAUGCGGCAGUGACGGAGUUACCACGCAAAUGAUUCAGAACUUAGGACCGGAAGGAGUAAACAUUAUUCACACAAUCUGCCUAAAAGUCUGGAGAACUGGCCAGUGGCCGGAAGACUGGACAGAAUCAUCUGUGGUGCCCCUGCACAAGAAAGGAUCUACCCGCAAGUGCGAAAACUAUCGCACCAUUUCGCUCAUUUCGCAUGCCAGCAAAAUUCUCCUACACAUCCUGAACAAAAGACUGGAAUCCUUUAUAGCGAGACAGAUUCCACAAGAACAGGCAGGCUUUGUGAGAGGAAGAGGGACACGGGAGCAAAUCCUCAACAUUAGGUUGGUGAUAGAAAAGUGUAGGGAACAUAACAUCAGUGCCGCUAUGUGCUUCAUAGACUAUGCAAAGGCCUUCGACUGCAUCAGCUGGAAGAAAAUGUUCGAGGUGAUGAGCGAAAUGGGGGUGCCAGAUCACCUAACCUUUCUGGUCCAAAACCUCUACCUCAGUGGUAGAUCCAGGGUGAGGAUAGGGGAGUGUGUGUCUGAACCUUUCCAAUCGGAACGCGGGGUGCGUCAAGGAUGUAUCCUGUCACCGCAAUUGUUCAAUCUAAUCGGUGAACAUAUCAUGCGUAGGGUUUUAGAGAACCAGCAAGGCGGGAUACGCAUUGGCGGCUACCUCCUGAAUAAUCUGUGGUUUGCUGAUGACACCACAAUCAUAGCCUCGACGGAAGCUGAACUCGCCGAUAUACUGGACCGGAUUGAUCGCAUCAGCGCAGAAUAUGGUCUUCUGAUCAAUCGAAGUAAAACCAAACUGAUGUUUGUCAACCGGAGCGGCCAUCCACAGAGAACCAACGAGCUACGUGACCUUGAUUCAGUACGCAAGUUUGUUUACUUAGGAUCACAAAUUAGCGAUGACGGGGACUGUGAUCAGGAGAUAGUCAGGCGAGGUCAGAUGGCAAAAGCAGCAGUGAAGCGACUUGAGAAGAUCUGGAGGAACCGAGGAAUUAACCGCAAAACAAAGAUAAAGCUCAUGCAUACCCUAAUCUUCUCAAUCUUCCUGUAUGCUUCCGAGACUUGGACACUGAAAGCCCGGGCACUUAGAAGGAUAGACGCGUUCGAGAUGUGGUGCUGGCGCAGAAUGCUGAAUAUAUCUUGGACUGAACGCCGCACAAACGAGUCUAUCUUAAAGGAGCUCAAAAUCACCACAAGGCUAUCCACCAUCUGUACCCAAAGAGUCCUCAAAUUCUUCGGCCACACAGUCAGACGCGGCACGGACACGCUAGAAAGCAAUUGCACAGCUUUAUAA